AUGCCUCAGACUUUUACCUCUAUUGCUAAGAUGGGUGACUUCAUUUUGAAGUCGCCAGCUUUGUCCAAAGUUGUUGUCCCCGUAGCCCACCAAUUUGUUAAGUUUGCUGGUUACAGAGAAAUGGGUUUGAGAUUCGAUGACAUAGUUUCGGAAGAGAAUGAUCUGGUCCAGAAGGCUUUGGCGAGACUACCAUCCGAUGAAUCCUACGCUAGAAAUUUCAGAAUGCUCAGAGCCCAUCAAUUGUCAUUGACGCACCAUUUGUUGCCAAAGGCGCAAUGGGUUAAGUCGGAGGAAGAUAAGCCAUACUUGUUUCCUUACUUGUUAGAAGCUGAGGCUGAGGCAAAGGAAAAAGAAGAUUUGGACAAUUUGGAAUUGGUCAAAUAA